AACAGGCCAAGAUGGAGAGUCCAACUGCCACGGAAGACUACAACCUGAUCACUGAAUACAAAUAUGGCGACUCAACGCCGUGCCAUAAGGAUGCCGUGAGGGCCUUCGGGUCCCAGCUGCUGCCACCCUUGUACUCCCUAGUGUUCAUCAUCGGCGUGGUGGGCAACAUCCUGGUGGUCCUGGUCCUCAUGAAGUACAAGCGGCUCCGAAGCAUGACCAGCAUCUACCUGCUCAACCUGGCCCUCUCAGACCUGCUCUUCCUCUUCACACUUCCCUUCUGGAUUGACUACAAGGUCAGAGACACCUGGAUCUUCGGCGAUGGCAUGUGUAAGCUCCUGUCCGGCCUCCAUUACAUGGGCUUGUGUGGUGAGAUCUUCUUCAUCAUCCUGCUGACCAUCGACAGGUACCUGGGUAUCGUCCAUGCCAUGUUUGCCAUUCAAGUCCGGACUGUCACCUUCGGCAUCAUCACCAGUGUCAUCACCUGGGCCCUGGCCAUCUUGGCUUCCAUCCCAGGCUUGUACUUUUCCAAGACCCAGUGGGAGGUCACUUACCACACCUGCAGCCUUCAUUACCCCCAUGAAAGCAUGAAGGCCUGGCAGCGCUUUCAGGCUCUGAAGCUGAAUGUGCUGGGGCUCAUCUUGCCGCUGCUGGUCAUGGUGUUCUGCUACACAGGCAUCAUCAAGGUCCUGCUCCAACGACCCAAUAAGAAGAAGGCCAAAGCCGUCCAUCUGAUCUUUGUCAUCAUGAUCAUCUUCUUCCUCUUCUGGACCCCAUACAACCUGGCUGUGUUUGUUUCUGCUUUCCAGGAGCACAUGCUCACCAAAAUAUGUGAGCAGAGCAAAGAGCUGGACUUGGUCCUACAGGUGACAGAGGUGAUUGCCUAUACUCACUGCUGUGUCAACCCUAUCAUCUAUGUCUUCAUGGGUGAGAGGUUCCGGAAGUACCUGCGCCAACUUUUCCACAAGUAG